AUGUGGCCUCCUCUCGAUAGAGGUCCACAUGUCCCAACACUUCCCAACUUCCCAAAUUAUUUUGAGAAACUCCAAUCCACACCCUUCCUAAACACGAUCGUGGAAUGUACCCCCGAGCCAGUACGGUGCUUCCAGACUGCGGCCUCGAUCAACCUAUACACCGAGACUGGAGUCGAUCAAUGUAGUCGCAUCAUUUAUGAUGCCGCCUCUGCUGAUGACUUCAUCUCCCAACUUUGGGGCGGUGGAUCGAAUCCCACUCUUUUCUGUAGUGUUUCCCAGGGCGUUGCGUUUUGUGAAGAGGCGAUGUCUGACGGGAAUAAUUACCGCUCUAAUAAAGAUUGCAUUCAAAGAUACAGGGCUUUGCAGCAGAAUGAGAAACUGAGAGCGGCGAUCCAUGGACGCCAUAUCGAAAAGUCCGAAUCUGGGAAACCUUCCCAAGACUGGUCGAGCAUGGAUGACGCGAAAAAGAAGCAAAUCGCCGAUCUUGAGAAGUCCUAUGCGGAGUACAGAAAGCAUUUCGACAGCUUGAACAGCUGGAGAUCUGGUGCCAACGUGUUAUCUGAGCCUCACCGAGGAGGAGACGAGAGCAAGCUCGUUGACGAGAAGUCCCAAGAUUCUCCUCCGGUCAUUGAUGUCGCAUUAGACGAUAAAAUGAAGCAAGUUGGCAACACUGCUGAGAAGGCAGAGGCCUGCGCAAGGAUUCACAAGGUCUUCAUGGGAUCCAUUCGCUUCUCCAAAGCUAUUCUCUACGAUUUCUUUACUGGCAGCAUCCUACCUGAGUUCCUUCCAAGAUGGCAGGAGUACAAGCCUGCUAUCGAGCAGUCGAAAGAUACUCAAGUCUCCGAUGUCACUUCAAACGAGGAAGUGAAGCAAGUCGACACUACUGCUGAGAAAGACAAGAAGAGGGAGUUCUUAAGGUUGAUUAAGGAGGGCAUGCGCUACCGCCACGAUUUAACUGUCGAGCAAUUCAGAGAUGCUCUAGUCUCCGAUGUCACUUCAGACGAGGAAGUGAAGCAAGUCGACACUGCUGCUGAGAAGCACAAGAGGGAGCUAGUGAAAUUGGUUGACGAGAACACGCGCUACGACCACGGUUUUACUUACAAGCAAUUCAGAGUUGCUCAUGUCUCCGAUGUCACUUCAAACGAGGAAGCGAAGCAAGUCGACGAUGCUGCUCAGCGGGAGAAGAGCGAGUUGGCAAGCGCAAUUGAGGCGCAGUGGAUCGCGCAUUCAAAGCGCUCCAACGAGAUUAAGCGCAACUUGUUAACUGGCAAGAUGUCACUUGAGCCUAGUCAGAGAGUAGAGGAGCAUACACCUACCGAUGAGGAGAGUACGCCUGAAUCGUUGAACGCAGCUUAUGACGAGGAUGCUGCGAAGCGCAUCAGCGACUUCGGUACCGAUGACCACUGGGUGUAUACUCUCAGUCCAUGGAAGAAUGAGCUUGUUGGGAGAUGUACUGACGAUGAGAGAGAAUUGUUGCUCCGAAAAACGCGCGCGAGGUUCGCUUGGAACAUGAAAUGGCUUGGGGUCCCCAUCAUCGGCUCCAAUGGCACUACCAUCUGGUGGGAUUGGGGUACUGCGAAACAUCGGUAUGAUCGAGGAGAGGAGAAUCAGCGCGCUGAUGAGGGUGCUUGGCCUAGGUUUCGGGGUCCCCGCAGAGAAGUAGCAAGAAGGGAUGAACCUCCCGUCCACCGUGGCGCUGAGAAUGCUUCCCAGGACGAUCUCACUCGCCAGUGGGCCUGUGAGAAUAUCCACAGGCUGAAUCUAAUUACGCUCGUGGCCUUAUUGUUGACGUGGGUACACUACAGAGCUUGUCUCCUGUACUCCAAGAAACAGGACCGAGUCACGAAGAAGCCCAAGAACACCGACAAGAAAUCCGACAAGAAAUCCGACAAGAAAUCCGACAAGAAAUCCGACAAGAAAUCCGACAAGAAAUCGGAGAAAAAGGUCGAGACAGAUAACAAGCAGAACAAGGAAGGGCCCAAAGAUGAGUUGGACCUGCAUGCGCAACAUGCAUGUGAGCGUAAUCACAGCUGGACUUCGAAGAUAUAUAAGCCGUUAGAGAAGGCCGAAAUCAUCACAGACAACGCCUUGUUGAAGCUCGGAGCUACAUAUCUUCGUUCCUGCAACUGGCUCGAGGCAAAGCUUCGUGCGCAACGGCUCAAGUUCUCUGAGGACGAACACUGCUGCGAAGCAGCCAAGAAACAGAUGGAAGAAGGAACCAAACUCAGUCGGGAGAGACAGAAGCUGAUCGAGGUGAACGAUCAAUUGCAAGCAAUAAACAAGGAAAUGGUUGAUAUGGCACUGGAAAUCAAGAGAUCACGUCCUUCCAACGCUAUCCCUAUUCCGCAGAAGGCUACUGCGUUGCCGAAGACCACUUUUCGCAGUAAUCAGACACAGACUCAAGGAUCUGAAGAGAGAACCAUUCUCUCGGUGCCUGAGUGGCAUCCGUUCUCUUUUGGGUUUUCGGACUUCGCUACAAAUGAGACAACUGUCGCAGCUAUCCGAAAAGAAUUUGCAAGCAAUUACGAGAGAAUGUGCGAAGCAAAGAAGCUGACCACAGAAAUCGCAAAUCUCGAAGGCAAGCGUCCUGCUUACCCGACCUUCGAUGACUGUUCGUGUCACAGUGAUGUAUGUUCAUUCCACACAGUGCCUCGCCAGACUGUAGAGGAACAAGAGCCUCAAACAGCCAAGGUUCUUUUCAUCGCUGGGAAGGGCAAAGCUGUUGAGAUAGACUUACUAGCUAAGAACAAUGAUAUCACUGAGAAGAAUAUGCUUGAAGCAAAUCAAGUGGCUAGGUCACUUGAGACCGAUUUUGACCCAAAGUCCCUCAGGUCAAUCUUUUCGAGAAUGCCAGAGCAGUACCCUUCUAAGGAACUACUUGAACGCCUGUUCAAAGAGGAAGAUGAGUCUGAAGAGGAGGACGUCAACGUACGGUCAAAGAAGUUACGGAGGAUGGAGAUUCUCCAGAUGAAGGUUCGGACGAAGAAUCUGUGGAAGAAGAUUGGAUCGCUGUCAACUCAGACGACUGUGUAUCCAAAGCCUAGAUACGACAUUUAG